GCAGUUAGUAUUGGCAAAAUGAAGCGCGACGUUUCCACAUCGACCAUUGGCCGGGAUGAGGCCAGACGACCGCUGAUGGAGGCGUAUAUGUUCCAGCGUCGUGUACUGCUCGGCUGCAGCCUGUUGAUGGUCGUCUCGCUGUGUGUUUGGAUUGUGGCCAUUGCAACGGAUCAUUGGAUUAUCAUAUCGGGCGGGGCAGGCAUCUUUAUACCCGAAUCGCGACGCUUCUUUAUGAACUCGCAUUCGGGCCUGUGGCGCCAUUGCCGCAACACAAUUGUUCCGAAUGCGCUCAGCAAUGCGCAGGUGGUGCGGAAUUUUAGCUCCAUGUCGUACACCUCACAGUCAUAUAUUAACGAUGCCAAACGCAAUCUCACCCACAUGGACUUCAUUCGGAGUUUUGCCGAGGAGAAGCUGGACGGUUCCGGGAAUUUUACGGAGCCCGCGCGACGACGCAUGUUCGCCCAUUGGGCACGCGGCGAGGAGGAGGAGUUCCAAACGUUUCGCAGCGCCUUUCACAAGCUGGUCAUGUCCACGGAGGCCAAUCAGCAUGAAUUUAAUGCCACAGCCCUUAAGCCCAUACCGAUCGAUCCGUUGGAUGUGAGCGGCAUCAUAAGGCGUCGUACCUUUGGCUCGGCGCUGCAGCGCGUCAAAUAUAACAACACCUGGUCGUACUAUGUAAUACCGGAGAUGGCGCAACAGUGUAUAUUUAGCAACUGGACGGACUAUCCGCUGGUGGUGCGUCUGCUGGGCACCUAUAUACGCGACAUUGGCAUACCCGCCUUUGUGCUCAACGAGGAGCGCGUCAUUUUGAUACUCGUGCCGCCUCUGCCCCCCAAGAGGGGCGGCCAGACCGCCUACUACAGCUAUAUACCCUACCCGCGUUGCAAGUACAUCGACAUGUUCCCCAACUCCAAUACUCUGCGCAACGAGCCCGGCUUCGAUGAUGAGCUGAUGGUGUUGUGGCACGCCAUUGCAGAUUACAUACGAACGCAGGCAUCGUUUGCCUGCAUCACACUGUUCGUGAUGAGCCUGGGUGCUGUGUUCUCCUUCUACACGUUCAUGAACCCGCGCUAUAUGUUCAAGCGUCUGGCCGGCGGCAUACACCUGGUUGCGGCAUCCACAGCGCUUGUCGUCUUGCAGGUAUUGUUCUCUUCCAUUGACUACACCAAGGAGCAUUUGUUCUAUGCGUAUCCGGAUGGUGCGGAAUUGACCUAUGGCUAUGGCGUUUACCUGGCGUGGUUCACUUUUGUAACUAAUAUUGUUUGCGGUAUUAUGUUCCUCUGGUAUUCGGGUAAGAAAAAAGGCGCUAAGGCGCCAAAUGAUGAAGUUGCCAUGGCAGAUGAGCCAACCAUAAUGGGCAGAUAAGUUCGAACACAACAAACUACAAUCAAAGACCAAAGCAAUCCAAAGCCAAUACCUGGGUUGGUAUUUUCGUUUCACUUUUGUUAUUUGUUAUCUUCUUAAUAGUAUAUAUUUUAAUAUAUAUGUGUAAAAUGAGUUUUUGGCUUAUAAUGAUCUGAAGAACUCGGCGCAUUAAAGAAAUCAAUUGUUUACCUGU